UCUGACAAAAAAAUUGUUUUUGUUUUUUUCUUGGUUCUUGCACAUUCUUGUAUUUUCUUCUCGAUUUUGUCUCGAGAAUGUCGAACAAGUCUGUAUCUAUAUUUAUUUUUUUCCUUGGAUUGGCUGUUUUGAAAGGAAUUCAGAAUACAGAAGAGAGACACUUGAAAACUACUUCGUUAGAUAUUGAGACAACUUAUAAGAAAACUGAGGCUGAGAAUCCUGGCAUUUUGGUCACAUAUACACAACUUCAACAGGCGGCCAGCAAAUUUCAACCCACAGACUUUAGGCCUACAAAUCCCGGAAACAGCCCAGGUGUUGGACACUCUCAUGGACGACAUUGAUUUGGGAAGCAUAUCACACGUCAGCGUCACAACCUCUAUCAUAUAGAAAAUUAUAUGUAUUUUAAUUUAGACUUGUCAUCUAAUUGGGAAGGAAUGGUUGGCCAUCCCUUUACCAUUCUAAUGUUUUGAUAGUACUAUGUUCAUCAUGUCUUUGUCGUAGGUUUGUUGUUCCACUGUCAUGUUUGUAAGAUUAUAUAAUGAAUAAACCGCU